AUGGACGGUCUGCAAGUGAAUCCGAACUUUCGGUUCACGUUUCCGUGCAUGGAGGUGUUCGGCAUGAAAGUGAACCUGGAGAACAACCUGGGCGGAGUCGAGGAGUACCGCAACGGCACCGUGAAGGCGCACUUCAACGGGCGCGAGGGCGAGGUGAUCGCCGACCUGGGCAAUUACAUUCAGCGUCGUCUGCACAACACCAGCUUCAUGCACGUGUUCAUGAACACCGACCUGUUCAACGAAGACAUCCGCAAGAACAUGUCCGGUUCUCUGCCGUACUUCGCGAUCAGCGUCGUGCUCGUAACGCUGUUCAUCCUGGUCUCCACGGGCGACAGGAACCCGGUGCGCAGCAAAUCCCUAGAAGGUGCUCUCGGAUCGCUGUGCAGCAUCAUGGCCGUCAUAUCCGCGUUCGGGCUGCUGUGUUACCUGGACGUGCCGUUCAACCCGUUGGUGUCCGUCACGCCGUUCAUGGCACUGGCGAUCGGCAUGGACGACACGUUCCUGACCAUCAACGCGUGGCAGCAAACCGACCCUCGGCUGACUCCGAAGGAGCGGCUGCAAAAGACCAUCAGCGAAUCGGCCAGCGCCGUAACGGUCACAUCGCUGACCGACAUCGCACUUUUCAGCAUCGGUACGAUGACCGACACCUUGGCAAUAAAGGGGUUCAGUAUUUAUACGGCCGUGACGAUGGCGUUCGAUUUUUUGUACCAGAUUACCUUCUUCGCCGGUGUGAUUCUGCUGUCGGGAGAACGCGAGUACCGCAACCAGAAAAAUCUGUUUUCCAAGCACAGUCCUCCGUCGCUAACCAUGGAUAUGUUGUUCAGAGAGUAUUACGCGCCAGUACUGAACAACAGGUGGGCACGACGACUGUCGGUCGUGGCUUUCAUCGUCUACUUGCUGAUCUCGUUCUGGGGUUGUUGUCACCUGCAGGUGGACAUGAACGUGUCGAUGCUGCUCAGAGACGAUUCGCCUCUGAAGCCUUACUUCUAUUACAAGUACAACUUUGAGCGGACGGUCGUGACUGUGACGGUACACGUCCAGCGGCCACCGGAUCUGACCAGCGAAGAGGACGUCGAUAACUUCAUGGGGCUGGUGACGUUGCUGGAAUCGCACAAGUUUUCCCGAGGAGCCGACACGUCAUUGCUCUGGCUCAAAGACUAUCUUCGUUUCAUCGAAAUCGACACCGUCAGAUCGGCAGACCCGUACGAACGCUUCGAAGAGUUCCUGAACAUGUUUCAGUACCAAACGUACGCGCCGGAUAUCAGAUGGUACAAGAACGAAAGCGGAAAGAUUGUCAUUGGCAGGUUCCAGUUCCAAAGUUAUUACAACACGUCUGGUCAUUGGUCGAAAAUGACAGACCUGUUGAAACAGCUACGUGUACAGAUCAAAAAGUACGACAAGUACGACGUGAGUAUUUUUAUCCCGGACAAUGCGAUGUGGGACCUCGUCAUUGGCUGUCCGGACAACACAAUACAAACUGUGGGCAUCGGGAUCUUUUGCAUGAUUUUCAUGUCUGCAUUUUUCAUACCGAAUUACGACAGCAUCUUCUGGGUGAGUCUGACGCUGGCAUCCAUGGACCUCGGCGUCAUCGGAUUCCUGUCUCUGUGGGGAGUGACACUAAAUCCCGUUUCCGUAAUUAACAUUAUAAUGAGUCUCGACUUUCCGGUCGAGUACGCGACACAUAUUUGUCACUGUUAUUACAAACUGGAAGAAUCGAACGCCGAUGAGAAAAUCAAGCUGACUCUAGGCAAGGUCGGUUGGUCGAUUCUGCAAGGCGGAUUAACCGCAUUGGCCGCUGCCCUUCCGCUGGGACUUGUGCGCUCAUAUAUGAUUCGCAUAUUUUUCCGAACGAUCGUGUUGGUCGUUUCCAUCGGCAUGCUGCACGCACUGUUGUGGCUGCCGAUAUUCCUUGCCGUCACAGCUCGUCGAGAGGCAGUUCGCACAGGAGUCCAGAAACAGAAACCGAAGGCGAGGUAA